AUGGUGAUUGGUGUUGUAACCGACUCUCAGGCGCAUCGUGUUGCCCAGGCAGCAGCUGCUGCCGCUGCUGUUGCCACAGGCGUCUCUACUCAACAGCUGUCUCCAGACGCAACCGGGCUUGCCAGUGUUGUCAAUGCUACCCCUGGCAAUGUUGGCGUAGGUGUGGCUACUGGAGGUGGCGGCUUACUUGCAACGAUUCCUGCGCCACCUUCGGUGCAAGCGGCGGCAGCCGCAGCUGCGGCUGUUGCCGCAUCUGCCGCUGUGGCUGCUGUGGGUGCCGGUGGCAAUAGCAACAGCAGUGCUGGCAGUGGUAGCACAACUGGCCCUGCUGGCAGCACGGGGGACCUUACCAGCUCUGGUGGUAGCACAUCAUCGUUGGCCUUUGUGACCACAUCUACUCCUCAUCUGAUAGGUCCUGUGGCCACAGAAAUGAAAUUUGAGUCCUUGGAUGAACAUCGCUCAUCGAUUACACAACACCAACAGCCACAACUUCAGCAGCAUCCACAUCCCCUCCAUCCGCAACAUCCACAUCAUGCCCAUCUGGCACAUCAUGUGCAUCAUCCGCCCACCCAUGUUGCCACUCAUGGACAGGCUCACUCACUGGUAGGAGGCGUUGCAUCCGCUGCGCUGAUGGCGGCUGCUUUUCACCAACAGCAACAACAACAACAGCUGCAGCAGCAACGAUCUCAGCAGAACGAUGCAUACCAACCACAGAUGACAAGCAGUGCAGCUGUUACGAGUGGAUUAGAUGCUACAACAACCGUCUCCAUCUCGGCUGCUGUCGGUGGAGGUGGACUCUUGUUUCCUGGCUCCAUGGCGUUUGCCGAGACCACCAAUGCAUAUGCCAACAACGCGACCGCUGGAUCCGGCCACCACUAA